AUGGCGGGUCAGGGUGAAAUCGACUUGAUCAAGAUUUUCCCAUCAUUGCCAAGAACAAUCCGUGGUCUGCCGAUUGUGCUCAGUGUAAAACCUGAUGAUUCGACCUAUUUGUAUUGCAAUGGGCACAGUGUGUAUCUAAGGGAUGUUGAGGUGAGGUUUUAGGGUCAGAUCUGACCAUUUUUUACUUCAUACCUGGGCAUUUCGACCAUAGUUAAUAUCUGAUGAUAGUGGUUAAAAAAUCUGUUUUUAGGGAUAAAUAAGUAUAAAAAUGUUUAUAUGAUAUCCAAAAGGGCUUAGAAAUCACUUAUAUUUAGAUUUUUGGCUUGGUGGAAGGGACUAAAUGGCUUUUUUUCGGAUAUUGUUGUAGCUAUUUGAUAGUGUAUGGGUUAUCUUUUGAUCUAUUGCGUGAAAAUUGGUGUUUUAAAUUGGUUUUUGUUGUUGCAUUAUGAUGAAGAAAAGUAUUAGCAUUGUAAAUAUGCUUGUUUUUAAAAAAUCUGUCUGUCGUAACUUUCUUUACAGCUUAAAAAAAUUCUCAAAAAUAGACGAAAUUUUGUGAUUUUUGGAAAAUUUUUAAAAAAGUUUUAUUUUUUGCUUUAAAAAAUACUCUUAAAACACAAUAUUAAACUUAACUAACUCUAUAUUAACCCUCAAACCCAUUUAGGACAUUACCAAGACUGACGUCUACACAGAGCACGCCGUCCUCACCACUGUUGCCAAGUACGCUCCAUCCGGCUUCUACAUUGCCUCUGGCGAUCAAUCAGGCAAAGUGCGGAUUUGGGACACAACUCAACAGGAGCAUAUUCUGAAGAACGAGUAUCCAGUCAUCCUUGGCCCCAUCAGAGAUAUUGCUUGGGAUUCGGAAAGCAAGCGAAUCGCUGCGGUUGGAGAAGCCCGCGAAAAGUAGGAUUUGAAUUUUUUAAAGGUUCUUUUAUGUUUAGGUAACAGAUGUUGAUGGAAGUGCGGUUUUGAAAAAUAUUUGUGAAGUUUCGAUUAUGAAGGAUGUAAAAUAACAAUUGUUUUGAAUUUUAGGUAACAAACGUUAAAAAAGUGAACAUUUUUGAAGUUUAGGUAACAAAUUAAAAUAAAUCGUGAGUUUAGGUCACACAUUGAAUGUUUUUAAAAAAUUUAGGUAACAAAUUGGAAAAAAGUAGAUUCUAGGUAACAAAUAAGGCAUUUUCGCUUAUUUUGGGUAACAAUUUGAAUUAAAUCUAAAAUUUAGGUAAUAAAUCAAGAAAAUUUUCAAAAAUUUAAAUAUAGUAACAUAAGAAAUUUAGAUUCGGUCAUGUAUUUUUGUUCGACACCGGUACCAGUGCAGGUAACUUGACCGGCCAAAGUCGACCGGUCAGUUCGGUCGAUUUCAAACCAACACGCCCAUUCAGAGUCGUCAGUGGAAGUGAGGACAACACUGUAGCCAUCUUUGAAGGCCCUCCAUUCAAGUUUAAAACGGUAGGACUUUAAAAAAUCUAAUUUUUUUUUCAAAAAAUUUAAAUUUUUUAAAAUUUUGAAAUUUAAAAAAGAAAUCUGUGGGAAAAUUCUAAAAUAACGAAUAUUACUGUAGUUCUUCCACGAACACGAACGUUUUGUCCACUGCGUCCGUUACAACAAGGCAGGUACGAUGUUCGCGUCUGCCGGCGCGGACGGCAAAGUCAUCGUCUUUGACGGGACCGAUGGACAAAAAUUGUUCGAACUAUUGGACCCGGCUGUGAAAGCACAAGCCGCGCACGAGGGUGGAAUCUUUUCACUGUGCUGGAGUCCAGAUGACACCAAAUUGGCCACGGCUUCCGGCGAUAGAAAAGUCAAAAUCUUUGAUGUCACUGAAAGACAACAUCUGAAGUAAGGAGUUGGGGGAGGGUUUUCAAUUUUUAUCAAGGGUUUCUAAUGGUAUAUUUUUAAGGUUUUCUCAUAACGUAAUGUAUUCUUGCUUUUUAAAAAUCCCUUUGGUACUAAUGGUACACUUUUUAAAAUUUUUUUCUUUAAAGCGUCAAAGCGUUCUAAAAUUUAUUUUUUUUUGUUUUUUGUUACAUGGUACUUAAUGGUACCCAAAUGGUACUAGACUGAUGUUACCAUUUAUAAACUUAAAAUUUUUCAAAAAACAUUUUAAAAUUUUAAAAAUCAAACAUUUCAGAACAAUUGACUUUGGUAAAGAACUGAACAACCAACAACUGGGCUUGAUUUGGACUAAAAAAUGGAUUUUGUCCGUCUCUCUGGCUGGAUACGUCUCCUAUGUUGACCCGGAAGAAGGCGAGAUCAAGAGGAUCCUGAAAGGCCAUAAUAAGCCAAUCACCGCGGCUUGCUUGUCCCAAGACAAGAAAUUCUUUUUUACUGCUGAUUUCGAAGGAAAUAUUAGUAAGUUUUUGAAUUUUAGGGUGUUGGAAAGAAAGUUUUUGUCAUUUUUUGGUUUUGUAAAGAAAGUUCUUGCCAUUUCUUGCUUUGUAAAGAAAGUUUUUGCCAUUUUGUAUAUUGUAAAUAAAGUUUUGACGUCUUAUAAAUCUGAUUUUAGCUCGCUGGGACGUGGCGACAGGUGAAUCCGACCGUCUGGAUCAAUACCCACAUAAAACACAAAUCUCCGGCAUGGCCGUGACUCCAGAAGGAAAGUUGAUCACGAUAGCAUGGGAUGACGUACUAGGCUCCAUCGACGGUAUUUUGGGAGAUCUCAGUGAGUUUUGUUGGGCUGUAAAGAAAGUUUUCGCAAUUUUUUGUUUUGUAAAGAAAGUUAUUGCAAUCUUUCACUCUGUAAAGAAAGUUCUUGCCAUUUUUCACUUUGUAAACAAAGUUUUUGCUUUAAUAAAGAAAUUUUUAAAGAAAACUCGAAAGCAGAAGCCCACAAGCUGAAUAGUCAACCUCGUGGCUUGGCUGUCACCAAAGACGGCCAAACCCGAAUCGUCGCCGGCCACAAGCAUAUCACGGUGCUAAAAGAAAAAGGCAUAGUUAAUUUGAUGGAAAUUGAUUUUGAGGGCCUGUCAGCGGCCAUUCACCCUGACAACAAAGUCGUCGCCAUCGGUUCUGCUGUAUGUUUAAUUUUUUUGCGUUUUUAGGUAACAAAGUUUAACUUUUUUUAAAAUUUUAGGUCAUAAAAGGUCUGUUUUUGUUUUUUAGGUAACAGAAUUCAAUGUUUUCUCAAUUUUGAUUUAAAAAAUUCUGUUUUUUUGCAUUUUAGGUAACAGAAUUUGUUUUUUUUUAUAACUUUAAGUAAUAAAAAUCUUUUCAGGACGGAAAAAUCCGUAUCUACGACUUGUCAUCUGAUGGUAAACUAACCGAGACGAAAACCAUGACCCACACUGGUAUCAUCACCUCCCUCGAAUUCUCCCUGGACGGCAAACACUUGGUCGCUUCAGACGCAUCUCGCAAAGUAGUCGUCUACAAGACCCAAGACUACACAUCUGCCACCGAAAAGGAAUGGACCUUCCAUACCGCUCGUGUCAACACUGCCAGCUUCUCACCAAACGGCCGAUACAUCGCUUCCGGCGGUCUCGAUACCCAUCUGAUGGUAUGGGAUCUACAAAAUUCGGGAGAACAUCCGAAAGUGGUCCGAAAUGCACACAAAAUGAACUGCAUCAAUGUUGUCAGAUGGCUGGAUGAUGAGACCGUGCUCUCGGUUGGACAGGACUCCAACAUCAAACAGUGGAAGGUGCGCAACUUGUAA